CUCACCAAUCACAGUAGACGCUAACCUACGUUCCCAUUCAACGUAGUAGACCGAAAAUGGCUGAGCGAGGAUACAGUUUUUCUUUAACAACAUUUAGCCCUUCUGGAAAGUUGGUUCAGAUUGAGUAUGCUUUGGCAGCAGUAGCAGCUGGUGCUCCAUCUGUUGGAAUUAAAGCUGCAAAUGGAGUUGUGCUAGCAACAGAGAAAAAACAAAAGUCUAUACUUUAUGAUGAACAGAGUGUCCAUAAGGUGGAGCCUGUCACCAAGCACAUAGGCAUGGUGUAUAGUGGAAUGGGCCCAGAUUACAGAGUUUUGGUACGACGAGCUCGUAAGUUGGCACAACAGUAUUUCUUAGUUUAUCAGGAGCCAAUUCCCACUGCUCAGCUAGUGCAAAGAGUAGCAUCAGUAAUGCAGGAGUACACACAGUCAGGUGGUGUGCGUCCUUUUGGAGUUUCAUUACUCAUAGCUGGUUGGGAUGAGGGUCGGCCCUAUCUUUUCCAGUCAGACCCAUCAGGUGCUUAUUUUGCAUGGAAAGCAACAGCUAUGGGAAAGAAUUAUGUAAAUGGCAAAACCUUCCUAGAAAAAAGAUAUAAUGAAGAUUUAGAGCUUGAAGAUGCUAUUCAUACAGCUAUUUUGACACUAAAGGAAAGUUUUGAAGGACAGAUGACUGAAGACAACAUAGAGGUUGGCAUCUGCAAUGAGGCAGGAUUCCGCAGGCUGUCCCCAGCAGAAGUUAAAGAUUACUUGGCGGCAAUAGCCUGAGUUAAUAUCGCAAUGAUUUUUUUCUUUUGCUUUGCCUGGUAGUCCUUUUGUCUUGUAGGUUUUUCAAUAACCUACAAUUACUGUAUUUUCAAUUAAGGAAAUUUUUUUAUCAUUUGUAUUCCCUAUUUUCUGCCAUAAAUCCACAACAAAUAAAUAUGGAAAAUUCUGUAUCCUAACUUGGAAAAAAAAAAUUAUUACGUGAAAAUGUUCUGCCAUGUUACUGGGAAGAGGAAACAGAAAAUUUAGAAAGCAAAAAAAAAAAUCAUAAGUUAAUGUCACACAAAACAUCUGCACAGACAGCGAAAACGUCUUUUCUCUGCUGUCAUUCACAUUCAUUUAGCUGUUUUACAGCUUUAUAAGCCAGAGGAUAAGCUUUAAAAUCCAUAGUAUAUAUUGACUAAGCUUCAGCCCCUUCAUAAAAAUCAGAACUUGCAAAAUGCAGACUGUGGGUGGCUUUAUGUGGCACCAAACUUCCUAAGGUGAUGUCAAGAACUGCACUGCUGGGGAAAAGCUGCAUAUUUUUUCUUUGAAAGAAAGGGACAUUUGGGAUUAGUAGAAAUAUUUUUGUUUUAAUGAAGAAGCACCAAUAUACAGUAGGUCACAUAUUGAGAGUAACGGGUUAACUCUUUUAUCAUUUUUUGUUCUGUUAAUAAUGGAAAUGUGAAGAAUGUUUCAAAAGAUACACUUUUAGACGUGUAGCGUGUGGUGUUUCCACAGGGAGCUUGUCACUUGUUUUCUUCGAUUACUCCCAACUGUUCAUUCCCCAUUGGCAGCAGAGUCGUUGAUAGGAAAAUGUUUAGACUUCGCAAAGAUAUCCUCAAAGUGAUAUUGCUAACAAAGAUGUAUGUUGCUUUCUAAGUGUGCUAGAAAUGAAUCUUCUGAGAACGAGUCUGCUUGUAUGGUGUCCUUUGUGUACUUUAUGGAAACGUGCAUUACGAGGUGUACUUUUAUUUUUAAACUUGAGUUAUGUAUGAAUCCAUGAGGGUAAAGCUGAGAUGGCACUGGA